AGGGGAACCAUUAAAUCCAAAAAGGGCUCUCAAUGGUCGCACAAUGGGGCUCAGAUCAGCAUUCCAACGAUGAAGCUUACAGGAGUACGGUAGAAGGCACCAGCGCACUAAGCAGCAUGGUAAUUGGGGCAUCUUCUAGUACGCCCUCCUCUCAACCCUCGAGAUUGGAGCAUCUCCCUCGUCUGAGACGUCAAGAACGAGAAAAUGCUUCAGACGAAUCGAAAAAGCCCAGCAUGUCUGAAAAGCUGAAUCGCAUGCGAAUCGAGGAUAGGAGGAGAGCUCGAAAUCUGGAAGCCCGUCAAAGGUCUGGGAACCAGGUGCAGAGCCAGAAUGGCUCUUCAUCAUCGUCUAUGAGAGCGAAUGCUCCAUCGUUCCAGCCAAGCCUUGCCCAGAACAGUGCUUUUGCAUCGGCAUCUGCAAGAGCGGGAACGUCUUAUCUAGCUGCAACACAGUUAUCGCAACAAGAUAGUGUGGAGGCAAGACGUAUGAACGAGCUUCGACGAAAGUUUGCUGGACCAGUGCCACCGUCCAGCUGGACGCAGAAUGGGAACGAUGAUGGAGAAGGGCAGUCAGGUAUGGUAGAUGAGUCAAUCAUAGAACGCAAACUGAAUCGUAAGAGAGCACUCGCGGCAUCAAGAAUGUUCUUUUCUCAUUAUGAAAAUGGUCGCAAUUCAGAGUCAAGUGGCGAUAAGUACAGGCAUCAAAAGGACAUACUUUCUCUUACAGAUAUCACACUGAUUGCUAUCAUCACUGCGCUUAGCAAGAACAUUUGGACACCCUCUGAGCAAUUUCAGGAAAAGCUUCUUGCCCUUCCAGUCCACUUGAAGGAAAGGACGCUUGGAUUGGCAGGACGAUAUGCUCAGACUGAAGCGCUUGGUGAAGCAGCAUUGCGAGCAUUAUUCGGCAAGCGUGAAGGAUGUUUGUCAGAAGAAGCUGAGAGAGUUGAGGAAGAGGAUUCAUUUGAAGAAGGCGGCGAAAAUACCUUGGAUUCAUGGGACGUUGAAUCGGAACAAACGGAAUGGGAUACGACUACUACGCUCAGCACGAUCGAUCUUUCAUUUGCUUCUAUCAGUGCUAGAUCACUUAGAGAUCUCAUGCUGAGCCCAUCUAUAGAAGCCAACCAUAUACGAGCUCUUAGCCUAGCGGGAUGGGGCUACGGGGAAGAUGCAACACAGUCCUCUGCCGGAAAAAUGCGCAAAUGCCUACGUACGAGCACUACACUUAUCAAUAUGCUCGAUCAAAUGACAAAUUUAGAGAUGUUGAGUUUAGCCGCAACGAAGCUAUUGCCUGGGACUGAAGAUUGGUACAUCCCCAAAAAGAUUGAAGCCAAAGAUGGUUCAACAGAAGAAGCAUGUACAGGCUUGAGUCCAGAAAUUGCUUCUGAAGCAUUGGCCUUUCUUAAAAAGCUUGCCAGAAGAACGUCAAAUUUGAAAACUUUGGAUCUUUCUGCUUGUCAUUGGAUCAAUGGGGCUGUAUUAUCGAAUAUCGGGAUUUAUUCAACAAAUAUUCCUGUUCGUCGAUUGAUUUGGCCAAAGUUGCAAAAUCUUGUACUAACGGAUUGUCCGGCUUUCAACGAGAAUGUGAAACGCGGCGAUGACGAUGUUGAGGCUAAGCCAAAUCAAGGUACAUUCACUGGUCAAUGGCAUGCGGCACAUCAUGGUGUUGCACGGUUUACGAACAGUCCCUACUUUUUAUCACAUAAACCUGGUCUAGGCCGUUCUGUUCUAGCACAUGGGAUAGGUGCUUGGGAUUCAGUCAACGCAAACAGGAAUACGCAAUCGCUAGUAGGUCGUGAGGUAGUUGCUCUGGCACGUCAUAAUGGACACGUUCAACGCUCUCGUCAGCUGGAAGCAGCACGUAGAGGAGGAAUGCAAGGCUUAGAGAAUGAACGGAUGCGAUCUGCUUUUGAUGAUGAAAGUAUGACAGAUCUUGCUUCGUUGGCCGCGCAAUCAGAUGGUGCUGGUGUGCCAGGUAUGUUUACAGGUUUUGCAAUCUCUCAUGGCGUUGCUCCUUUCUCGGGCAGGCAGGCUGGAGAUUCAUCCUCCUCUUCUUCAUCUUCCUCUUGGUCCACGCCUCCUCGUUGUCCUGUCAGUGGAAAGAAAGUCGCAAGUCACGAAUGGGAGCGUGCUCGUGUUCUGGACGCAAUCCAUGGAAGAUGGGGAUCAGCGAUUGUGGGAACGCUUGAAGACGAAUUAGAAGAUGGUACCAGUCUUUCUAAUCACAAUUACAGUAGUAGAGGUCAAUUUAUCACAGUGUAUUUCUAAAUCAAACAAUCAUUGUAUUCACAACGAACAAUCAAUCAAUCGCCGGCAACGGAUAUCAUUUCAUAGAUGCAAAAUUAAUAGCAUACGUAUAUAGUAGGAAGAGCGGGGAACCGGAAAAGCACAUGUGCUUAAGAGAGUUUUUAAUUAGGGACAGGAUC